AUGAUUGCUCUUACUGCCGUUCUCGCUGCGGCUGCCGUUGUCAAUGCGCAAAUUACCCCUCGCCAGGCUGCAACUUCUACUGCCAACGUUUCCCCACCUGCGUUGUCGUCAACGAACCCGACGGCUGUGCCCCUGUCAUCGAUCUAUGCAAGUGCACCUACCCAAGCUACUGUUGCACUACACACGACAUACGCAGCGGGUGCGACUCCUCCAAUCUCUGGUGCUCCGCCUUUGCCGACCUGUGACUGCCAUCACCGCUGCCAACUGGCCCGCUCUCGACCAAAUCCCCCUCUCGACAGUCCCCAAGUGAAGCAGUGGAUCCAAGAAGUCACCAACUCGGGUAUUAAGAUUCCGAAUAUUGGGCAAACCCAGCUUGGAGGGUGUGGAGACCCGGCAAACGCAGCCGCUCUUGCAAAUGCCACGGCUCAAGGAAACUGCUGGUGGACAUGCGGAGGCUGCUCGCGCGAAACCGACAUUACGACUUGUCCCGACAAGGCAACCUGGGGUCUUUCGUUUGAUGACGGCCCGUCGCCAUACACCCCCGAUCUCCUCAACUACCUCGAUGCUAACAACAUCAAGUCCACAUUCUUUGUUGUCGGUUCGCGUGCGAUUUCUAGGCCCGAGAUGUUGCAGGCCGAGUACAUGGGUGGACAUCAACUCUCUGUUCACACCUGGUCUCACCCAACUCUUACCACCUUGACCAACGAGCAAAUUAUUGCCGAGCUUGGAUGGACACGUGAGGCUAUUAAACAAAUUACCGGUGUUACCCCCAACACUAUGCGUCCUCCUUAUGGUGAUAUUGACGACCGUGUUCGCGCGAUUGCCAAUGCCAUGAAGCUUACUCCUAUAAUCUGGACUAGCGCUAACGGCGGAAGCUUCGAUACCAACGACUGGCACAUUCCUUCCGGUCUUUCCGCCGCCGAAGUUCUCAACUCGUUUGACAAGAUUCUUGAUACUGCUGGCGAACUCAGCACUGGUUUCAUCGUCCUUGCCCACGAUUUGUACCAACAAACUGUUGAUCUUGCCGUUGGCUAUGUUCUUCCUGACGCCCAGGCCCGCAAGUUCAACAUGAUGUCCAUUGUCGAGUGCUUGAAGAAGCCGUUGUCCGAGGCAUACAUUGAGACUUCGUCGAACUCUAGCUCCCCUGCUAGCACCGGCACUCAUACCGCCUCUGGUUCCCAAUCCAGCGCCACCUCUGGCUCCGGCUCCAACAGUGGUCAAUCAUCUGGGGGAUCCAACGGCGCCACUCGCGCAGUGGGAGGCCUCGUCGGUGCCCUGGUUGGUAUCGCCGCAGGUGUCGCAUUGCUACUUUAA